AUGCGAAGAGAAAACAGAAAUCCAUUAAAAGUGGUAGCAUCAUAUUCAUCAAAAUCUAAUGUUGGUGCUAAUAGUUCACCAAUCAUCCCAUUGAAUACUUCAGAAGAAAUCAAUGGUGAUAGAAUCAAAGAGACUGAACAUGAAUUUGAAAGCUAUAGAAAUGCAAAAGGGACUUUAGCAAUGGAAUAA